AUGGCGGACCCCCGGCUGCAGCUGGUGGCCCAGCGCAUCCGCAGCUUCCCGGACUUCCCCACCCCGGGCGUGCUGUUCAGGGACAUCUCGCCCCUCCUGAAGGACCCCAACUCCUUCCGCGCUGCCAUCAGCCUCCUGGCGAGCCACCUGAAGAAGACCCACGGCGGCAAGAUCGACUACAUCGCGGGCCUGGACUCUAGAGGCUUUCUGUUUGGCCCCUCCCUGGCCCAGGAACUUGGCUUGGGCUGUGUGCUCAUCCGAAAACGUGGAAAGCUGCCAGGCCCCACAGUGUCCGUCUCAUACACACUGGAAUACGGGAAGGCUGACCUGGAAAUCCAGAGAGAUGCCCUGGAGCCAGGGCAGAAAGUGGUAGUCGUGGACGACCUGCUGGCCACUGGUGGAACCAUGCAUGCAGCCUGUGAGCUGCUGGGCCAGCUGCGGGCAGAGGUGCUGGAAUGCCUGAGUGUGGUGGAGCUCAUGUCGCUGAAAGGCAGAGAGAAGCUGGGGGGCGUGCCCUUCUUCUCCCUCCUGCAGUAUGAGUGA